UUUCUCCAAAACAUCCGCACAACCGACUUUAUCUAAUCUGAAAGUCUGGCCACCGUCCACGUUCGACGUCAGGUUCCUCGCUAGAACAGGGAUUCAAGCCCGCGUCCCUCACGCACUUCGUUCCGCCUGCAGAUGUUCGCCACGGCCACCAGGAACUUCGUGCAGGAGGUGGACCGCGGCGGUCUGCUGAUCCCGGUGUCCAGCCUGAACGACACGAUCGCCCUCCUGACGGUGGUGGUGAAACGCAAACGCUUCUGGCUGUGGCAGAAGGCCAAGUACAUUCCUACCGAUUUCACCCUCAAUGACAUACUGACGGGAGACGCGCCCAUUAAGCCAGGCGUCACGGAGACAGAUUUCAUCAAAUACGAUGGGACUUUUGGGGACAACAUUCAGGCAACUGUCGACGCAAAUUUCAACAGCGCCAAUGUGAGCCUGGAGGGCAAAGACUCGUCCAAGCUCCAGUCGUCAUUUGGCAGUUUAAAAAAAGAAGAACUGGAGGUGCAGAAGUUGCUGCUAGACUGCAAAGAGAGGAUCCUGGACAUGUCCCACGGGCUGAUCCAGCAGACAAAAGAGAAGCGCAGGCGGGUUUUUGGGAUCGUGAAGGAGCGUAUUUUGACCACUCAGCCCUGCUCAGUCAUAGAGGAGGUGCAGCAGGGAGUACAGUUUGCAGGAGGCCUGAGCCUCUGCGGGCCCAGGUGCACAAAGGUUUCCUUGAAAGAGAACGGGAGCUUGAGUAAAGACAGUAACAUCACCAUGGAGAUUCCCGUCCUCACUCCCAUCGCAUAUUCCCUCAUAGAGCUGGAGGUCAAACAGGACGGACGCUAUGAGCUGUGUCUGAUGUCGUACACCAGUGGAUUUCUUGAAGUCGACGGCCUGGCGUGCGAAGGACUGGCUAGCGUUGGAGCUGCUGCCUCUGGGAAUCUCCACCUUAGACAAGAGCUGGAGCAACUGCGAGAUCAUUUCCAGCUGCUCUCCUCUCUUCCUGCCACCACGAGGUCUUCUCUACUGCAACAGAUCACACAAGUUAUGGUUGACCGACUGGCCCUCGCUUCACUGCAGAGUGUGUUGGAACGGAUGUGCGUUGAUGAGGCGCCUGUCGUGGAGGACGACACAACAACAGAUUCCCCAAAUCAGAGCGUCCGAGCUAUUCUCGACCUUUUGGAGCAGUCUGGUCAAGUGGAUUCCAGACGGGCGCUCUCUGCAUUUCACCUCAUUACCAGCGCCAUGGAUGAGAUGACAAACGAUUGUCUUUCUCUUUUGGGAAUGUUCUGCAGCCUCACUGUGUUACCGGCUCUGGAGCUACUGGUGCAGUGUGUAUCGGGGAAGGGGGAGUUGCCUCUGAGCAGCGCAGGCUUGGCCGCACUGACGGAAGACGUCUAUGAGAAGACCGAGCGCCUUUUUGCCUCCUCCAAUGUGUCUCUGAUGAGAGAUGGAAGCACAGUGAAAACCACAAUAAGCAGCAGAGUUUGCCCCGCUUUGGUCCUUUGUAUUGCUGUCAGGGGUCUCGCCUCGUUGGCCCACUGAAGAGACCGGAAUACAAACUAGAAAUCCCAAACAUUGCGCUGGAAUGAGGUAAAGGGGAACAAGUGGAUCAAGUGCCAUCUCUCUCUUCUUCUCUCCACUAGGACUAUUUUUAUGUAGGUUAAUGAUUUUUGUAUAUACAUAUUAUAGUGCUAAAACAAUCCUUGACAAAUAUUGAACAAACAGAUAAUCCAUUGAUGUUAGGUAACUGAUUUUGGACUUUAAAUGGACCAACCAACCCUUUUUAAAGAUGUUCCUGCUGUACGUGUGAGGGGCAUAUUCAUCUGAUUUUAUAUGAAAAAUGUGUGAUUUGUCACUUUUUUAAGAAAGUGUUCAUGCUGAGCGUGCUGUACGUACAGGGGAUACAGGCAAUACCAGCCUCUUAAGUUGCUAUUAAGUAAGAGAGAUCGUACAUACAGACACACCUUCAGGGCCAAUUAAAGUUGAGGGAUUUUAGUGGCCAUGGUAUAGUUAUAAAAAUAACUAAAUAGGACAAGGUAUACAUGAAAGAUGAAGGGUAAUUAUGUCAGUGGGCCGGAUCCUUUAAAGUGAACAAGACAUGCGUUGAAAAUCCCACUCAACUAUGAACAAAUCUCUUGUUUUCCCUUCAACUGCAAAUUGUUCAACAAAAUAUUACAAAUCAUUUAGUAAUGUUUCUAUUAUCUAACGGUGAAGUUGUGUGUGACGCUGCUUAUAGGCCGGGUGUAACACAUUCACGUGUACAGUUGAACCGAAGGUCAAAUCCACCAUGUUGAAGUAAAGAACAUUUGCUGGCUAAAAAAAAAACAUAACGAGAGGAAAUAUUUCUGUAUCACAAAUUCCUAAUUCAUAUUUUUAAUUAUUUUGUUUUACAUGUUACAUGUAAUGAUAAAUGCGGAAAAAAUCUGUCCUUGAAGGUUUUCAUGUGGGAAUGAAAGGACAUCUGCUUAUCGAAGGUUGUUUUAUGGUGGUGGUAAAAGACAAGGUGAUGUCAUCUCAGCUGCACCACCAGAUAACAUUUGAGGUUUAGGGCCAAAUACAUAAACUUUAGUGUUUACAUACUAUUGUAAAGUUUUUUUACUUAACUUUAUGACCUAUUCAUAACUUCAUUUCACAAUGACUUACCUCAUGACCAUUUUACCUUUAAUGUAUGACCUGCCUACACUAGUUGUAUAUGACUAUUAAAUUACUUUGACAAGCU